CUCCUCUCAGUUCUCACGCAGAGUACUGCACUGAACGAACCGUAGGUAGGUUCUGUUCUGACGUUUAACUCACUUCUUCUUCUUCUUCUUUUGAUCUCUUCGUUCGCAUCUUGCGGAUAAAAGCAGCGCUCCAUGGUGGAGAACAAUCUCUUCGAGGAUAUAUUUAGGGUCGAAAAAUUAAACCCCGAUGACAAAAAAUUAUUCGAUAAAGUCACUCGCAUUGAAGCAAGAAGUGAAAAGUUUGACAUGUUUAUGCACCUGGACAUUAAUUCCGAGAUAUAUCCGUUAAAGGUUGGUCAGAAGUUUGCUCUUGUGCUUGUUUCAACACUUAAUCCUGAUGGAACUCCAGACACUGGAUAUUAUACCCAGAUCAGUCGACAAUCACUGGCCAACAAUUUUGAAUAUGUCAUGUAUGGGAAGCUCUACAGGAUAACAGAGGGUUCAGGGCGUGAAAAAGCGGAGAUGAAUAUUUCAUUUGGUGGGCUUCUGAUGAUGCUGAAGGGAGAUACCUCUCAUUGCAACAAGUUUGAGCUGGAUCAGAGGUUGUAUCUUCUGAUAAGGAAAGUCUGAAAAUUGUAUGUAAAAAAUAAAUAUGAAGAUGUGAAGCCUUGUUGCAGCAAAAAGACAGCAGCUAUUUCUAUCUUCAUGUUUGAGUACUUAAGCUGUCGAUUUUCUUACUAAUGCGGGUCUUCAGUAGGACCUGAAGUUUCAAAACCAAAUAUUUGGUGAUUUGAUCAAAGACUCUGGUUUUCUCACAUCUUUUUCUUUACCCUCCCUUAUAUUUAUUUUCCACUCCCUCUCUAUUUACUCAUCUCUCUCUCUCUCUCUCUCUCUCUCUCUCUCCUACACCUAUUUCGCAUCCCUCCAUGGGGUGUGAAAUUAUUAUUGCUUGAUUAUACUCAUUCCCCUGGUGUGUAUCUUUACUAUUGUUUGGAUAAUGUAUUCUUUACAUUACUUAUAAGAAAAGCUCAUAUAUCAAA